UAGAACAGGAAGUCGCGGCGCGGACAAGUGAACAACCUGCUCAGUUCUGGGACUUCAAAAACAACCAGAAGCAAACUCACAGCUAAACUAUGGAGGACGCAGAAAAAGGUUUCCAGGAGCAUCCAGACUCCGCCCCCGAGUUCGGAGAGGAUGCAGCGACGUCCGUGGAUCCGUCUCUUCCUCCUGCCAUGACAGAGGAGGAGCGUCAGGAGCUGCAGGAGGACCUGAUCAAGAUAGAAGAGGAGAUCCAGACUCUGUCUCAGGUGCUGGCAGCCAAAGAGAGGCGCGUGGCRGAUAUAAAGAGGAAACUGGGCAUCUCACCUCUGAAUGAGCUGAAACAGAACAUCACCAAAACAUGGCAGGAGGUCACCACCUCCACSGCCUACAAGAGGACGUCUGAAACUCUGUCUCAGGCCGGUCAGAAAGCCACAGCAGCGUUCACUAACAUGGGCUCAGCCAUCAGCAAGAAGCUGGAGGACGUCAGGAAUGCACCGACUUUUAAGUCAUUUGAGGAGAAAGUUGAAACACUGAAGACUAAGAUCACGCCCCCCGGUGGUCCCGCCAACUCAGACAGCAGCGCUCCCCAGACCUCCGAGUCUUUGAUCAACGAGUCCGAGGACUCCCCCACCCAGGACACGCCGACGCACUGAGACUGACCCACUGACCUUUUGACCCCUGCCCCCCUCUUUAACUGUGAUGUGCCAGUUUCUCUCUCUGUGAAACCAGUGACUUCCAGCCUUCAGCACUCUGAUUGUUCGCUCUCUCCUCCCCAACACGCGCACUCGCCUCUUCGCUUUCAGGGGAAACUGAAAGCCCGGGACGGGUCGUGCGCGUGGCUUCAUGUGCGCCGUGUUUAUUAAGAGUCACAGCGAGGAGCAGAAACCCUYCUUCAUGUUGAGCUUCUUUCUUUUUAAAUCCAUUUUUGUUGCACUUUGUUCUUGUCUGCCUUUGUUUAACCAGCCAAACACUCUAGUAUAUAUUUUUCUUUAUUAAAUUAACAAUCAAAUGUAGAAAAAGUUGCACAAGAGAAGUAUUUACGCUUUUUCUUUUUUUUUUUUUACGUACGAAUCAGAUAGUUUACAGCCUUGUUUGUUAUAAAAACUGGUGUCAUGUCUACAGUUUGGGGUUGUUCCUGGUUUGCUUUGGGUUUUUGUCCAAAACCGUGAAUGUAUCWUAUUGUGUCAUUUAAACACUGUAGCUGCAGCUCAGAUUUAUGGGUCAGAUUCUCCACUGUGUUUGUGAAACUACUGACGAGCUUCAGAUUAAACCCCCUCCUCCUCCUCUCUGUUCGUUUGACAGAAAGUGGUCCCCUCGCUUAGAAAGCUCCAGGAAAACAGCCAAGAUCAGCAGAGCAGUCAGAGCAAACAAGGCGUCAAGGUCCAGCCUUGACCCGAGGUGCGAACCAAAUAAAUGUUUCUCCCCGCAGCCGGCCAAGAUCAAUAUUUAAACACUGGAGCUUUUGUUUCUGAGAGGGAGGUGAYACCUACCUCCUCGUGGGUUACAGUAAGAGGAAAGAUUGUAAAGUUACAGCAUUUCCUGUGAUAUUUCCUUUUUUUUUGUUAUUUUUAAAUCAAGGAAACUUUCAAUUGUUGCGUCCUUAUCGACCAAACACCUGCUCCAUCAGUAGAACCGUUAAUAUCUGCCUCACGCUGCUUUUUAUUAAWGUCUCAAAAUGCCAAACAAAAGCUUCACCAUUUGGCUCAUGUGCAACGUAAGAAACAAGGUUAAAACUAGCCCAUUUGAACACAUUUAAGUUUAAAUGUUAAUACUUUUCCUUCUGGAUAAAACGGGUGCAGGUCCUCCUCUGCUGGUGGACAGAAGGCUCAGCAGAUAUGCAGUGUCAAAAUGUUUUCUUCUUAGAUUAAUAAUAAUAAUAAAAUCUUUAACACAAUCUGUGA